AUUGAGGAGGCAAAAAGGGUGGCAGCACAGGAAAUAGAAGAAGAGAGAAAGGCCAAAAAAGAAGAGGAACGGAGGGUCAGAGAGGAACGAGAGAGGUUGGAAAAGGAAAAAAAGGAGAGAGAGGCUAAAGAAGAGGAAGAAAGACUGGAGAAAAGGAAAAAGGAGGAGCAGGCGAGAAGGGCUGAGGAGGAAGAGCGGUACAGAAAAGCCAAGGAGGAAGAGGAGGCGAAAAAGGCUAGAGAAGAGCAGGCCAAACAGGAGUUGGAGAGAAUGGCCAAGGAAGAGCAAGCCAAAAUAAAGAUGGACAUCAGCAACGGUCCUUUGUUGGCGAAUGCUCCCCUACCUCUUCUUUUGUUGUGUGUGCUGGGUUGCACUGUCGUGUGCUGA